AUUGUCACAAACUUGAUCAUGAAACAAUCUUUUGUAACACAAGAAGGCAUGGGGGAGUUUCAAACCCUAGGGCGAUAAAAAAAAAAUGCCUGGAUUAGGCCUUGUUUCGCUUGUGAGGUGCUUCAAUGGAUGUCGCGACCACACCCGUGUUUCGGGACUUAGCACGAGGAUUUGGAACCUAAGCGACAAGCCGGUGGAGCUGCAGAUAAGGGUGGGAUCAAUAUUGAAGAAAGGUCACACAUUGAAGCCAGGUUCGUCGAAGAGAGUGAAGUGCAAGAGCAUUUACAAGGCUUACAUGCCUAGUAGAGGUGGUGGUGGCCGCGGUGGUGGUGGGACUAGUACUAGUAGUAGUGUUGGUGGAGGAAUGAGGAGGUUGUUGUAUUAUUAUGAUGAGACUUGCCACCCUUAUAUUUGGAUACAUGACAGUGUUGGUGAUUUCUCAAGGAUGGUGAAGCAACAGUAUAUUAGUCUCGAGGACCUGAGGGAUUGUUCCGAGAUCAGAAUCUUCAGAGACCAUCAGAGAGGUUGCAUAUCGGUUCGCAAGAAACCAAGGCCAGAUUUUUGUUGAAAAAAUGAACCUUGUUAGUUGCUUCCUUUGUCCCAAAAUAAGUGUCCUGUUUUGGGAAUCGUGUUCACGGUUUCCAAAACAAGAUACUUGUUUUGAGACACGGGAGUAUGUAUUUGACACAGAAUCAUGAUAUAUGUUCCAUAUAUUUUGAGUGUUUUGUUGUUGUAUUCUAUUUUUUAUUUUUUUAUUUUAUUUGAAGAUUUGGGGUAUAUAGUUUUACCGAAAUAUGAGCUAAAGGAUCUUAAGGAAUGAAAUAUAGUGCGACUUUUGGAUCUUA